AUGUAUGAGCUCCAAAAGAUUAUGAGGAUCACAAGUGCCUUUGAUAAUGAUAAUGGCAAAGGGUCAAGGCAAAUGAUAGCAAAGGGCUAUCACAAAGAAGAGGAUUAUGGAUGUGAUGCUUGUACAAUGGCAGACUACAGUCAACUGAAGGGGAUCCUCCUGGAUCUUCAGUCACAUCGUCAGAGGCAGCAAAACCAGCCAGGAGAAGACAGAACCCAAAAGCGCUUCUUAGUCGAAGAUAUGUUUAAUUACUUGGAUAUAAAUGGUGAUGGGCACCUCAGCAGCUCUGAAUUGGCUCAGUUGAAAAAAAAAGAAGAUCUGGAAGAUGAUUUCUUGAAUUGUACUCCAGAAGAUCUUCUCCGUUUUGAUGAUUACAACCAAGAUGGUUACCUAACUCUGCAGGAACUUUAUACUGCAUUCCGUAAGUAA